AGACGGGGGAGCAGGGGCAGAAGGGAGGAGGAUUAGCAGGAGAGAGGGCCGGAAGAUAACAAAACAGCGACAGAGUCCAAGGGAAGGCGGUGGAGCUAGAGCGGCAGAGCUUUAAGCCGACACCUCGCCCCGCAUGCGAGCUCCACCGACGAACUCCUUCCAGUCGGCACCAUCGAGCCCGAACCGGGCGUUAAAAAAGGAGGCGCGUUUUCGUUUUGGAUCAGAGCGCCAUCGCACAUGUACGUGUGCUUGUCCCCUUUUGGGCUUCUGGCACGAAUAGCUUGCCGGCGAAGCCAACACCAAGUCAAACUCAUUCGAUUGCGCUCGUUCAAGAAGGCCUCGAUUAGCAGAUGGUGUGGGUAAUCUGACGCAUGGGCACAUCCCACGAAGCUCUACAAGUUCGUUCCGAUGCACCCGAAAUGCCCCUUCGACCAUGGCUCUUACAUGAAACUUUUACAGCUCUGCAUCGCGAGGAAUGCCUUCGGGUGUGGGCGCCAGGUGCACGGUCACAUCAUCGCAAGUGGGUUUCCGUCGAAUGUCCACCUGAGAACUAAAUUGCUCGUGUUUUACGCCAAAUGCAUGGAACUGAAAAGUGCGCGCAAGGUGUUUGAUGAAAUGCGCGAGAGAAGUGUCGUGUCUUGGUCCGCUAUGGUUUCCGGGUGCUGCCAGAACGGGCGCUUUGAAGAUGCUUUGACGACGUUUGUAGAGAUGCGCAGGGAAGGUGUUAAGGCCAACCAGUUCACUUACGGGAGUGUGCUGCGGGCUUGUACUAGUAUCGGGUGUUUUGAUGUGGGAGUGCAGGUGCAAGGGUGUGUGGAAAAGGGAAGGUUGGUGGGUAACUUGUUCGUGCAGAGUGCUCUCAUUGAUUUUCACUCCAAAUGUGGAAAGAUGGAGGAUGCAGAGCGCUUGUUUGAGGGAGUGACAGAGCGGGACACUGUUACAUGGAAUACUAUGAUCGGAGGAUAUGCAACUCGCGGUCUUGUUGCUAAUUCUUUUCAACUGUUUCGCUUAAUGAUGAGAGAAGGCAUGGCCCCUGAUCGCUUCACACUAGGAAGUGUUUUACAAGCCUGUGCUGUUGGUGGCACUAUUCUCCAAGUAAGCCAAGUUCAUAAAUUCAUAGUAGAAUGGGGCUUCUUAUAUUACAAAGAUUUGACUGGAUCUUUGAUUGAUGCUUAUGCAAAAUGUGGGAGUGUCCGAACUGCUCAUCAUUUAUAUAGGAGCAUGGCACAAAAGGAUUUAAUAUCAUACACUGCCCUUGUUAAUGCAUAUGCUCGGAAAGGUAAAUUUGGGAAUGAUUUCCUGGAUAUCUUGAAGGAAUUAGCAUGUAUGCAAUUGGAAGUUGAUGACAUAACACUAUGCUCUAUACUUCAUAUAUGUGCUGAUAUAGCAUCAUUGAUCUUGGGACGACAAAUACAUGUCCUUGUUCUGAAACGUCUGGCCAGUAAAGAUGUGGCCAUUGGAAAUGCUCUAGUUGACAUGUAUGGGAAAUGUGGCGAGAUCAAAGAUGCUACUCAUGCUUUUGUUGAGAUACAAGUGAAAAAUGUCAUUUCAUGGACUUCAUUGAUUGCUUCUUAUGGGAGGCAUGGCUUCGGAAAUGAGGCAGUUGCUCUUUAUAGGCAGAUGGAAUCUAAAGGACUGAAGCCAAAUGAUGUUACAUUUCUAUCUCUCCUCUUUGCUUGCAGCCAUAGUGGAUUGACCAGUGAAGGAUGGGAUUGCUUUACUAACAUGAUCAGUAAAUACAGCAUUGUUCCAAGAGCAGAACAUUUUUCCUGUUUGGUAGAUCUAUCUGCUCGUAGUGGUCAAUUAGAAGAAGCGUAUAACUUGAUACAAGAGAUGGAUAUCAAACCAAAUGCUUCUCUUUGGGCUUCUAUACUGGGGGCAUGUCACAUUUAUGGCAAUGCAUCACUUGGAAAAAUAGCAGCUAGACAUCUUACCAGUUUAGAUCCAAAAAAUUGUGCAAAUUAUGUUCUUCUAGCAAGCAUAUAUGCUGAAACUGGAGCAUGGAGAUAUGCUCAAGACACGUGGUCCUGUAUGGAAAAGAUGGGCUUAAAGAAAGAUCCAGGAUACAGCCAUUUAUUACCCACAAAGAAGAGAAUUGCACUUCUGCAGCAUGGCUAAUGAUGUUAUCCUGCUGUUACUCCUUCAGACAUAAGAGGGUGGAUUUUCUCAAGUUUUCCUUCCCUAUCAAUAACCACAAAUGGUGCCAUUCGCGUAUCACCCUUCUCACACCUUCAAUGAGCAUGUAACUUCAAAGGUAGCAGAUUGUCUUGACAAGAUUCUUGACGCUUGAGCAAAGUCAAGAAUCGAGAUGAGAAUGAGUGGUUUUUGUCAAAUGUCUCCAUCCAAAUAACUACUUGUACAGGAACCCAUGCCCAUCAUACAACUAGCGAGGGAAGCUGAAGCUGUCACAGGAGUUUACUCAGUCGGGAUAAAUUGAGCUACAUCAUAGAUGGGGCAGAAGCGAGAUUUAGUAUCUAUUUGAAGGUCAAAUUUGUGGGAAGAACAUUGAAAUUGGAAUGCUUGGCCACGACUGGAAAUUCAGGUAACAAUUUAUCAUUGAACUUUUCAGAAGUAUUUUGAGUGAAAUCUUCUAAAUUGUCUUGAAUCCUAUAGUUGAAUAAGUUUUUCCACAUUAAUGGUCAUUGACCUUACUGCUCUAUUUGAACAUAUGCCGACACCUCAAGAGGAUGAAAUGCCCACAUAAUCUUUUAUAGAGUUUCUCAGCCAGGUGCAUUGCAGUUCAACAUGUGAAGGUGGUUCGAGUAAGAUUUUCAGGCGCACACAAGAUUUGGAAGCCGAACCAACCACUUGAGUUGGGAACAGGAAGAGGCCAAUGGGGGAAACUUAAAGAAAACAUAUAUGGCAAUGAGAUUUUGCAGUUGGGAAACUUGCUUCUUACUUCUAACCGUAGAAAAGGGCAUAAUUCAUUUGUAAUCUAGCAGCGAUUCCUUCUCAAAACAAAGCGCUGCCCAUGAGCACACAUAAGGCAAAAGGGUCCAUUGGCUACAUUUAUCCACCACGGAUCGUCAGUUGCUCUCGGAACACUCGUCAAACAUUCUUAUCCGAAAACUACUUCAUUGUAAACAUUUGUUAAGAUAUCGAUUGUGAGGUUGCUA